AUGGACGUCGGUGACGAAGAGUACAGGAAGGAUUUCAUGAGUGAGCUAUUUGAUCCACAACAUGCUUCUCAAUACUUCUUAGUACUUUUCAAAUCAAAACACACGCUUCGUUAUGCCUAUACUAUUUCCUCAAGCACUGUCCAAGAGUGUGAAUCAGUAAGGACCACAAGGUACCAUACCUCCUUAGCUUGCAAGACAAACCAGACACCGAGCUCCCGUCUCCGAAAGUUCCUCCAGCCCGAGGCUGAACACGACAAUCUUCAAGGCCUGGAAAAUGACGGACCGUCGCCAACACCAAACACCGCCCAGGCCCAAGAACCUGGCGAGGCUCGAAAGCUCGACAUGCGAGCUCUCGCAGAGCUUUUCUACCUCGGCCUCCUCAAUGCCAGACUCCGAGAGAUAAUUCCACCCAUGCUUGAGUCCUACAUACGCAGAAACUCCUCCCGUAGCACAACCGCAAGCGUGAGCACGGCCUCACAGACAGAUCCGAGCGGGUUAUACUCGUACAUCCUCAUCCACUCCGCAAUAAGAGGUAAUCUCAGAGGCGUCCUCGCCUCUCUAGACCACGGCGCAGACAUCAACGCCGACGACGGCAUCGACGAGUCCCUUGCAGCCAACAUAGUGACCGGUGAGCCUACGGGCUCGGGUCUGACUGCUCUCCACUGGGCGGCGUUUAAGCGCGAUACUGCGAUGCUCCGCCUCUUACUGGACCGCGGCGCCGACGUUCAAUGCACGGCGUACAUCAACCGCAAAAGGCUUUGGGUGCCGGCGAAAGCGCUAGUGAGUGCUCUGGGAUUCGCGCUGCAGGCGAAUUACCGCCUCUUGCCUGAUGGCAUGACGGAGCAGCAGCGGCAGGCGUUUGUGGCAGAUCGCGAUACCCGCGAUGAAGAGGCCGUGAGAAUACUCGUUGAAGCCGGGUCUCCUGCUUUCAUCAUAUGGUUUCGGGAGCGGGAGUUCAAUGACGCCUGUGAGCUGGAGCGGUGGGGUGUUGCGCGGGAUAUCUUGGCGAAUACGGAGUGGAGGAGAAGGUGCGCUGAGAAGGACGAGUAUAAUUUGCGACCGUCUGCGCCACUGUGUCUUGUGCGUGUUGUUAGGGGAAGGAAUCCUAGUCGGCGACUGACCUAUCAUACGAAUGAGUGGUGA